GACAAAUCAGUUUUCGAAUGAUGGCCGCUGCAUUCUUUCUUGGUCUUAUCCUCGCUUUGUUUCAACCGAUUGUAUUUGCCAGAGUGCCUUCUCCUUUUCUACACAACAAUGCACAAGAAAAACCGUGCUUCCACGGGGACUCCAUAUACGACCCGUGGGAACGCUUUGCUGAUGAAUCCUGCACUGGAUGGUGCAGCUGUAACGGCCGAACUGGACAUGUGGGAUGCGUUUCCUUGUGUCCCCCCCGCGGCUUACCAACGUGUUCUUUGGGAGAGGUCCCUGAAGAGACAGAGGAACCAUCUGUGGAUCCAACGGGGAGGUGCAAGUGCAAACGAAAGUCUUGCCUUCCAAGACUUAGCCUUCCGCCUCCUCCUCCUCUAGUCAAAACACCUGAAGAACAUG